UCAUCCCGGAGGCCGCCGCCGUGGCUCUAAUUCUCGUGAGAACCCCAUAGCCCGUUUCAGGGAAGUGCAGGGAAAACUGACUCGUUGGUGGGACGCGAGGGCGUGCGGAGCGCCAGGGGCGAGCCCGGCGGGCCAGUGCUGGGCACCCACGGUCGUUGGAAUUCCUCUUCCAACGCCUCUCCGGGAAAUUGUUUGGCGUUUCAUCCAGGUUGUCAAUCCAGCGAGUAAUGCCGGGUGAUGCACGCUGCUGGGUUUGGGGAAAAAAACGAAAAAUGAGCAAGCGAGACCCCCCUUUCGUUUCAUCGUAACCAAGCUGGAAGCAAAUAAAUCGGCUAGGUCCCACUGCAGUCUUCUGCACUCGAGUGCCAAGAGAACCUGUUCCUAUCAAUUACUGAAGCCAUAAGGAAAAUUUUUUUAAAAAAUUAAAACUUUACCAUAAUGAGGUGUUGCCACAUCUGCAAACUCCCUGGAAGAGUGAUGGGGAUUCGAGUACUUCGUUUCUCUUUGGUGGUAAUCCUUGUGUUACUGCUGGUAGCUGGAGCUUUGACCACUUUACUUCCUAAUAUCAAAGAAGACAAGAUGCUCACUUUGCGUAGGGAAAUAAAAUCCCUGGGCAAGUCCACCCAGGAUUCCUUUACUCUCAUAAUGCAGACGUACAACAGAACAGAUCUCUUAUUGAGACUUUUAAAUCAUUAUCAGGCAGUACCAUAUCUGCACAAAGUGAUUGUGGUGUGGAACAAUGUUGGGGAGAAGGGACCAGAUGAGUUAUGGAACUCCCUAGGGCCUCACCCUGUCCCUGUGAUCUUCAAAGUACAGACAACAAACAGGAUGAGAAAUCGACUCCAGGUCUUUCCUGAACUGGAAACCAGUGCGGUGUUAAUGGUAGAUGAUGACAUGCUAAUUAGCACCCAAGACCUUGUUUUUGCUUUCUCCGUGUGGCAGCAAUUUCCUGAUCAAAUUGUAGGAUUUGUUCCAAGAAAGCAUGUGUCUACUUCCUCUGGUGUCUACAGUUAUGGAGGUUUUGAACUGCAAACACCGGGGUUUGGAAAUGGUGACCAUUACUCUCUGGUGCUGAUUGGAGCCUCAUUCUUCCAUAGCAAAUACCUUGAACUCUUUCAGAGGCAACCUGCAGCUGUCCAUGCUUUGUUAGAUGAAACGCAAAACUGUGAUGAUAUUGCCAUGAAUUUUAUCAUUGCCAAGCACACUGGGAAGACUUCGGGGGUAUUUGUGAAACCUGUAAACAUAGACAAUUUAGAAAAAGAAACCAAUGGUGGCUAUUCUGGAAUGUGGCAUCGAGCUGAGCACUUUCUGCAGAGGUCUUAUUGUAUAAAUAAGCUUGUUAACAUCUAUGACAGCAUGCCCUUAAAAUACUCCAACAUUAUGAUUUCUCAGUUUGGUUUUCCAUAUGCCAACCACAAAAGUAAAAUGUGAAAGGAAAACAAACCUCAAAACUGCUUGGUAUUUGAGUAGCUUCUUCAUGCUAUGGUCGGUUUAUUUAUUUAUUUAUUUUUAAGCACAUCAUGAACUUUUUUCUACUCCAGAAGUCUCUACAAGGGGGAAAAAGUGCUUAGGGCUUCUAGCAUAUAAAAUUUACAGGCACUUCAAAACCCAAGAAGCUGAUAUUACCCAGAUAGGUCUUCUUGUGAGAAGUUUUCAUCCACAGAUAAAAUUCCUUGGUCAACAAUUUUAUUGUUUACAUUCUGAGACUGUUCUACAAUUUAAAAAAAUUUUUUUAAAUUGAAGUAUAGUUGAUUUACAGUGUUUUGAUAAUGUUCUACGAUUUUUUUUGACUCCUGUCACUUGCCUUAAGGACCUGUAGCAAACUGUUUGCAGGAUCAGAAACUCAAGACAAGUAUUUCUCAGCUUUUUCAUUAAAGGAUGAUUAUUUUCAUUUGAAGCCUGAAAUGCCUCUUCAACAAAAGCCUGUGGUAUAGGGAAAAGCCAUGUGAGGAGAGAAUAGUCUCAGCUAGUGGGAAGCAGCCGCAUAGCACAGGGAGAUCAGCUCGGUGCUUUGUGACCACCUAGAGGGGUGGGAUA